AGUUCAAAUCCAAGAUGGCGGACACGCGUGCGAAAAUUUGAAUCAAAUUUUUGUUCGGACUUCUUUCUAAAUUUCUUGUUUUUUCCAGUAAGCGUAGGUGGUUUGAAUUUGUUCGGGACAAAGUUAGGAGAUGUUGAAGUCCAAAACCUUUGUGAAGAAGACCCGGAAGGGAGGCGUAUUGAAGGUAGUACGGGAGCAUUACCUGCGGGACGAUAUCUGGUGCGGCUCGGCGGCAUGUGGCGGCUGCCCCCAGGACAGGCCCGUACUAGAGGCGGAGCCGGAGAUCGACAGCACGCUGUGUGGAUUCCCGCAUUACCUCAUACCAGAUACUAACGUUGUCUUGCACCAGAUGGAUGUUCUAGCGGAUUCAGCCAUUAGGAAUGUGAUCAUCCUGCAGACAGUACAACAGGAGGUCCGGCACAGGAGUGGCACCACCUACCAGCGCCUCAGGGACCAGUCUAACAACGCUGACAAACACUUCUACGUCUUCACUAACGAACAUCACAGAGAAACUUACACAGAACGUGAGCAAGGGGAGUCGUCCAAUGACUACAACGACCGAGUGAUCCGUGUAGCGACCAGGUGGUACAACAAACACCUGCAGGAGAACAGAAAAGACGGCGACACCCCCAAAGUGAAAGUGGUCCUGUUGACCAAUGACAGAGAAAACAGAGAGAAGGCACAGAAAGAAGGACUUUUAGCAUACACUGUACACCAAUAUGUAAAAGCUCUGAAAGGAAACCCAGAACUGGUGGACAGACUGGCACAAGUGGACAUGGGGGAAAGUACUGACAGUGAUAUCAAGAAUGAGGCUACAGGAAGAGUCUUGUUCCCGGAGCACCUCCCGCUCUCCCAGCUCCAGACCGGGAUCAAGAGCGGCAGGUACCUCCAGGGCAGCUUCAUGGCCAGCAGAGAGAACUACCUGGAGGCUAACGUACUGGUGCAUGGGGAUGACUCCAGAUCGAUCUUCAUCCAGGGCCACGCCCACCUGAACAGGGCGGUGAAUGAGGAUGUUGUUGCCAUAGAGAUGCUACCUGAGGACCAAUGGAAAUGUCCGUCCUCCAUGGUGCUGCAGGACAAGGAUGGAGAUGAGGAGACAUCAGAGCCAGACCUGGGCUCCCCGAAGGGCAGGAGUAAUGCUAUCCCAUCAGGCCGUGUGGUGGGGGUCAUCAAGAGAAACUGGCGGCCAUAUUGUGGCGUGCUGCAGCCCUCUGGGAUAAAAGAGGCUACCAGACAUUUAUUCAUGCCAGCUGAGAGGAAAAUUCCAAAGAUCCGUAUUGAGACCAGACAGGCGGAGUCCCUCCAGGGACAGAGGAUAGUGGUCAGCAUAGAUGGCUGGCCUAGAAACUCCAGGUACCCAAAGGGACAUUUUGUACGUAAGCUUGGUGAGGUGGGAGACAAAGACACAGAGAACGAGGUGCUUCUGUUGGAACACGAUGUUCCACACCAGCCCUUCUCACAGGCUGUACUCAACUGUCUACCCAGCACACCGUGGGGCAUCACCAAGGAGGACCUGGCUUGUAGAGAAGACCUCCGUGACAUCCCCAUCUGUAGUGUGGACCCUCCCGGCUGCACAGAUAUCGAUGAUGCGCUACACUAUGUGGAAAAACCCAACGGCAACAUAGAGGUUGGAGUUCACAUCGCUGACGUAACCCACUUCAUCCGGCCUAACACAGCCCUGGACCAGGAGGCAGCUAACAGGGGAAAUACUGUAUACCUGUGUGAUAAGAGAAUAGACAUGGUACCAGAACUGCUUAGCUCCAACAUCUGCUCUCUAAGAGGCAAAGAGGAGAGGUUUGCCUUCUCCUGUAUCUGGGAGAUGACCAAAGAUGCAGACAUUGUGUCUACAAGGUUCUGUAAGAGUGUCAUUUGCUCCAAGGCUGCGUUGACGUACGCUGAGGCCCAGAUGAUGAUUGAUGAUAAGAACAGGAAUGACCCAGUGACUGUCGGGCUGCGAGGACUGAAUGCGCUGGCCAAGAUCCUCAAGAAACGGAGAAUAGAUGCAGGAGCCCUGACCUUGGCCUCUAUAGAGGUGAGGUUCCAUGUGGACAGUGAGACCCAUGAUCCCAUUGAUCUGGAGACUAAGGAACUCAGAGAGACCAACUCCAUGGUAGAGGAGUUCAUGUUGCUGGCUAACAUCUCCGUAGCUAAGAAGAUCCUGAGUGACUUCCCAUCCUGCGCCAUGCUGCGCAGACAUCCCCAGCCUCCGCCUUCUAACUACGACAUUCUCAUCAAGGCUGGCAAGUCAAAGGGAGUAGACAUUGAGACGGACACCUCCAAGGCGCUGGCCGUCUCGCUAGACCAGGCCACCAUUCCCGGCCAUCCGUACUUCAACACCCUGCUGCGGAUCAUCUCCACACGCUGCAUGAUGCAGGCGCUCUACUUCUGCAGCGGGACGCUCCCCGAGAGCGACUACUUCCACUACGGGCUGGCCACCCCCAUCUAUACACACUUCACCUCUCCUAUCAGAAGGUACUCAGACAUCAUCGUCCACCGGCUGUUGGCAGUCUGCAUCAAUGCAGACAAGUCCUACCCUGACCUGCUGGAUAAGUAUAAGUCCCAGGCUCUCUGUAACAACCUCAACUUCAGACACAAGAUGGCGCAGUAUGCUGGCAGGGCAUCUGUUGAGCUACACACACAGCUCUUCUUUAAGAACAAGGUUACAGAGGAGGAAGGCUUCGUCCUGUUCGUGAGGAAGAAUGCAGUCCAGGUCCUCAUCCCCAAGUUUGGUUUCGAAGGAACCAUCUUCCUCAAGUCCCAGGAUGGGAGAGGGGAGGAUAGCCCGUUUGUGUUCAACGAAGAGGAGUCGUCGCAGACUGCAGGUGAGGUGAAGCUGCGCAUGUUUGACCGUGUGGUGGUCCAGAUCACCGUGGAAACCUCCCACAUCCAGCACCAGAAGCUCAGGAUCAGGCUGGUCAAGCCACAGGUCCCCGGGUUCACCGUUCCUCCUGUCGACACCAGCAACAGCGCAGAACCUCCAGUCAAAAAGGUUAAAACAUAACCUUUUAGCAUAUUUCCUAACAGCCACUGCACUGACAUUUCUAAUCCAUUAUCAACAAGUCUUUUUAGAUGUCAGAAGAUACCAUGUGUGGUAGUCAGCCUUUUUUCCUUUUCCAAGGUCCAUCAAAAGUAUUCUUCAUGUUCUACAAGAGGGGCACAAAAAUAAAGUAAAUGUCAGAUGUCAGUGAUCUUGAGCAGAUUUGAUAUUGCAUCAAAAAGCACUGCGUUCCUGUGUCUUCUUUGUAUUCUCACAGGAGUGGUGUAAGAUGACAUUCCCAUUUCAUAACUGUAACUGUCGGAUUCAGGAUUACAAAUUUGGGCAAAAAAAUAUUCAGCUAUUCAAGUUCUUCUUCACAUUUUGUAAUACAUUACUGUAACAGAACAACAUGGAUGAGCCAAUACUCAUGAUAUGGACCAUUUCAGAUAGUGAUUUUUAAUUGUCCGAUUCAGCAUACAAAUUUGGACAAAAAAAAAUCAAGCUAUUCAAGAGAUGAACAUUUUGUAAUACAAUGAGCCAUAACAAGUUGGAUGAGCCAAUGCCCAUGGAAUGGACCUUUUCAAAGAUUGUUUUUAAUUUACUUGUUAAAGAUUUUUAUUAUGAAGUGGUCUUAUCAUGUCUGUAUUGUAGACAUGCAUUUUAUGUCUGUGUAGUAAGGGACUAUGAUACCAGCAUAGUAUUACAUUUGUACGUUUUACAUUUUAAUGUCUAACACUAUUUUUCGUUUUACCUGUAUUGUCUACAUAUACCCCAAACGCAUUCAUCUUUAAUAUGGCAUGGUUUCAUGAUACAAAUAACUAUCACUGUACAGUUAACUUCUGUAACAUGGUAUCUGAACAGAAAUGGAAACAUUUUAAAAAUCAGCCAUCUGGACUGAUUGUGGGGCUUGAUUGCAAUAAAAUCUCAUCUGUGAGAAUCAUCUUGUUUUACACAAGGCACCAUUAUUGUCUUGGGUAGACAGAUUAUCAAUAUGAUGUGUGUACUAGCUACAUGUGUAGUGCACAUUAAUUAAGGGUUAAUGACCCAAGGUGUGUAUGGCGUGAUAACGCCUGGUCCUUUGCUAUAACAACCGAAUGAAACCACCGAGUGAACGAGUAAAGUCUCGUGUUGUUUGAUUUUUUGAUAUCCAACUUGGUGAGAUUUACACACUGAAGCACCAUCAUUGCUUGGGUAAGGCAAUGUGAAAAUGUACAUAUGUAGUAAGGUCCGUAUCAUUUGGAGGACAGUACAUAUUAAACAUACUCUAAAUGUUUCAUUCUCCAUCUAUCCAAUACAAUUCUAAAUAACAAAGAAUGUACGGCGACGCACAUGACAUUCAGUAUGACUUGUUUUAUUAUACCAAAGCAGAUGACAAAGUAUCGUAGGAAAGGUCGCUACAUUCGUCACUCCUCAAGUGGAGACGGCCAAACAGCCUGGCACGGCGGAAAGCACUUGUGGGUAACACUUGUGCAAUAAAGCUUGUUUUAUGGCACCAAUUACACAUGCCUCUGCCAAGGACAUAGCAUUUAUAUUACUGGGAAAA